GUUUGAAGCAGAAGAGAUUAGUCAAGAGUCUCGUCCAUCGCCGUUGUUCUCCCCGCCGGCAGCUGCUCUCUCCGCCGGCCACCACUGCAUUGCCAAUUUGUGAUUGGGUCUUCUUAUCCGCUUAAUGCUUUUACAGAUUCGGUCGCUUGAUUAUUUCGUUCCUGUUGGUUCCACCAGGCGAUUCUCUGUGGGAUUAAGAAGGAUAGAGAAAUAGAAAAUGGAGGGCCAUUCCUUGAUUUCUCUUUGCGUCAACCAUUUCGGCAGCAACGGAGCAGCUGUUGCCAUCGCCACGGCCUGCACCCAUCCCUUAGAUGUGCUGAAAGUGCGGCUGCAAAUGGAACUUGUAGGACAAUCAGGUCCUUUAAGUGGAAUGGGACAAACUUUUCUCAAAAUAUUGAAAAAUGAGGGACCAAAGGGAUUGUACCUGGGGCUUACACCAGCUUUGACAAGGUCGGUUCUUUAUGGAGGUCUUCGUCUGGGUCUGUAUGAGCCGGCGAAGUAUGCAAGUAGUUUGGCUUUUGGAUCCACCAACAUCUUUGUCAAGAUUGCAUCUGGAGCUUUUUCUGGUGCACUUGCAACGGCUUUGACUAAUCCUACUGAAGUUUUGAAGGUCCGAUUGCAAAUGAAUGCCAACCCAGGGAAUGGAGGUGUGAUAGCAGAGAUCCGCAAAAUUAUUUCAGAAGAGGGAACAAGAGCUCUUUGGAAGGGGGUAGGACCUGGCAUGGCUAGAGCUUCUGCUUUAACCGCGUCACAAUUGGCCACAUAUGAUGAAACCAAACAGUGUCUUACUAGGAGGACAAAUCUGGAAGAAGGGAUAUAUCUACACUUAAUCUCAAGUACAGUUGCGGGUGGAGUGAGUACUCUUAUUACUGCCCCAAUAGACACCAUCAAAACACGUCUUAUGCUUCAACGAGAAUCAGAAGCAGUUGGUAGCUAUAGAAAUGCAUUCCACUGCGCACAUCAGAUCUUGCGUACAGAAGGCCCUCGGGGACUUUACAAGGGGGGCUUAACUGUGUUUGCAAGAUUGGGUCCCCAAACGACAAUUACAUUCAUUCUAUGCGAGAAACUGCGGAAGCUAGCUGGGCUGAAUGCAAUCUAAUUAACCAAGAAUGCCCGUCUUCGUAACCAGUAGAGACACUAUUAUUCUGUGCACCACCAAUUCUUGAGAUCUUCGUCUUAUUUUGGGCGACUCCAUAUGAAGUAAUGAUCAAUCAAGCAACGGUCUUCACUGCCUUUUUUAUGAAGACCGUCUCACAAAAUACUUUCUCCUUCACUUUUAGUUCAGUCUAAAUUAGUACAUUUAUGGUUUGAAGAAGGAGAGCGUAGUUACCGAGCUUCAAGUUCUGUCCAUAUUGUUUCGUCUUCAGGGCAAGCUUGGAGAUCAUUUGUUGGCAUUCUCUUCAUCGUCACAUCAUCCUUUCUAGGAAAAACAGGCCUUAAUGGAAUGCCCAAAGCCGCUGUGUAAUUUCUGAGCAUGAAAGCAACAUCAGCCAUUGAAGGUCUGUCCUCAGGAUUUCCCUGGACGCAGAGCAGAGAAAUCUGCAGGCAAGUCAUCAAUUUACAUGAACUUCUUGAGUCAUCCAAUGAAGAAUCCAUUACUUCCAUUCCCCUCCCAUCUUUCCACAUCUCGUAAGCCUGUGAAUUGAGAGAUGUAGUCGAGAAGGUCAGCUGAUACUCAUAGAAUUAUCCUAUUUGAAGUUCAGUAAAGAAUGUGGAAGAGUUUCAGGAUUGCUUCACUUUCGUAUUUGUUUCUAAUAGUUAACUUACGUAAUCCAAGAGGUUCAGUUUCUUCUGUUCGCCAUAAACAGAAGCAAUUAUCUUCCCACUUAUGAUUUGUAAGAGAAGGACCCCGAAGCUGAACACAUCCGAUUUCGCUGAGUAAACCCCUUCAUUCAGAUAUUCAGGUGGAGCAUAACCUCUGCAAGGUCAGGCAAGAGAUAUUCUGAUAAACUAUGGAAAUCAGCAGGGAAAACUAUACACAAGUU